GGCUUUGGACACUCUCACGGCUCUUGUAAUAUACAACAGGUCUCAGUCGCAACGUUUUCGACGGAGGACUCCGGCCGCUAGAAAAACCCGCAUUCUACCGAAUCUUCUUUCCAUGACUCGGUUUGGCCGGUUAUAUAAAUCAUCAUGUUUUGGCGUUUUGGAGGAUAUGCAAGUAUCUCCAGCAUUGAUACUCUGCUAGACAAGCCCGAUGUCAGCCUGGAGGAGCUGCUGGAUGAGUCGGAACUGAUCCAGGAACUCAAGCAAAAUAAUACGAAGCUCAUAGAAUUCUUACGAGAGGAUAAUGUCUUGAAACGGCUUAUGGACUACGUGAUCGCCCCAUCGCUAGUGAACGACGAUGAUGACGAAGACGAUGAUACCAAUGACAGCAACGCCACGGAGUCGAACAACGACACAUCGGCGGUGGAGGAGAAACACAAAGACCCGCUCAGAGAUAUGCUGGACCCAGAGGACCUGGAGCGGGCAGAAAAGGAUCGGUUGAAACGGGCGUAUGUCGCAUGCGAAAUCCUGUCAUCCGAAAUCUGGUCAAUCGUGGAGUCGAUUAUGUUGAACCCGGAUCAUCUGAAGCACUUUUGGGGCUUUCUGAAGCGUCCUUCGUCCUUGGACUCUGUCCAGGCGAGUUACUUCACAAAAGUCAACGAGACGCUGUUUGACAAGAAGACGACCGAGAUGCUGGACCUGCUGAAGUCCAUGGAUGGCGUGGUUCCGGCCAUCCUCCGGCAUGUGGAUAACCCCAUGGUCAUGGAUCUUUUGUUGAAGAUUAUCAGCUUGGAGAAGGUUGAAGGCGGCCAAGGGAUUGUUGAUUGGCUGAGGGCCCAAAACCUCAUACCGACCUUGCUAUCGUUCUUGUCGCCGGAAUACCCUGCCUCCGUCCAAACCUCGGCAGGUGACUUCUUGAAAGCAAUCAUCACCAUUUCGGCAAACGCAACGCAGAAUGACCAGUCCUGCAUCGGCCCUAAUAGUCUCACGCGGCAAUUAGUCUCCACAACCUGCAUAGAGACUUUGAUCAAAUCCAUGCUGAAGGGUGGAAACCCACUGACGGUCGGUGUGGGCAUUAUUAUUGAAGUUAUUCGAAAGAAUAACUCAGACUAUGACCCGGAGAACAUCAAUGGGCCGGACUCACCACCCACGACAUAUGACCCUAUUUACCUUGGGAACCUUCUCCGACUUUUUGCCAAGCACAUACCCGACUUCAUGGCCUUGAUCAAGAGCUCCAAGCAUACGGUCAAUGAUGGUGGAAAAGUGAAGACUGUUGAAAGGGGAAAGCUGAACUCGGCAUGGGGCGCAAAAAUCGAACCCCUGGGCUUCGAUAGAUUCAAGACCUGUGAGCUGAUGGCGGAACUGCUACACUGCAGUAAUAUGGGUCUGUUGAAUGAGCCAGGAAGUGACGAGUAUGUCCGACAACGCGAUGCUGAGCGCGAAAGGCUCAUGCGUGAGGGUGCCUUCAACGCGCACAGAGAAGAGACGUCCGCCUUUGAUGGAAAUGACUCUACUGUGGACUUCGUGAACGGAUCUGUUAUUGGUUACGGGUCACCAGAAGGUUCGAGGGUCCUUGAAGUUGCCAACACCGGCGAGGAGAGCUUCGAGGAUGUCAGCGCAUCCGGCGUCCUUGUUGACAAAGAGAAGGAUGCGGGGGUCAGGGAAGCGAACCUUCCCAGCCCCAAGUCUGAGCCUGAACCUGUUUCACAAAGCUCUGAAUCUGCAGAUGUCACAGACUCGGCUGCGAAUGAGGCACUCGGAAGCAAGACAGAAGAUUCUAUACGGGCGCACACCACGGAGACUGACACCACGUCUGGUUUGGCAGAUCAAAUCCAAGAAGUCAGCCUCGACGGUGGGCAAUCCGCCAAGCCGCAUGAAUCGUCUGCUGAGACUACAACUGAGCCAGCCAGUCAGACGCAGCCCUCUCUUGAUGCGGACCCUGCCCCCAAUCAAGAUAAUCAGCCACCCAGCUCUUCCGCGCCUGAUACUGCUGGCCAGGUCGGCGAUGCUCCUUCUUCACAGCGGCCACUGCAUCCUGACAUUCAGGUUGUUCCCACCAUCUUGGAUUUCUUUUUCCGGUUCCCGUGGAAUAACUUCCUUCAUAACGUCGUCUACGACGUCGUACAGCAAGUCUUCAAUGGCCCAAUGGAACGUGGUUACAACCGGAUGCUGGCUGUUGAUGUCUUCGAGACAGGUCGGAUAACGCAGAGCAUUGUCGACGGACAGAAGAGAAGUGACGAAACCCAGCGCACAAGACAGAUUCGUUUGGGCUACAUGGGUCAUCUCACAUUGAUCGCUGAGGAGGUCGUCAAGUUCAGCGAACGCCACCCACCGGAGCUGCUUUCACCGACUGUGAUGGAAAGUGUCCUCAACCCCGAGUGGAUUGACUAUGUCGAGCAAACGCUCUCCGAGACAAGGGAACGUGACAAUGCCAUUCUUGGUGGCGUACGGCCGGACAUGUCCAUUGGGCAUCGGCAAGGCAUGAUCAACUCAGGCCAGAGCGCCAACGCUUCAUCGGCGCUUGCGGAUGCAGGGCUUAAUGGUUCUACGGGAAAUUCUGGCUUCCAAGGUUUUGACAUGAUGAAUCAAGGAAGCGUAUCCGGUGGGGCUUUUGGACUUGGUGGGAAUUCUCUCCUGAGCGGGUUCGCCAGCUCGAGUGACGACGAGGACGAGGAAAUGGAAGACCAGGACGAUAGAAACCUGGCUGAUCAAUCCGCCGAAGGCGGAUCAGACAAUGUGGGUGAUCACGAUUUCACAGAUAUCGAUAUGCGCGAUGCUUGAACCUCCCUUAAUUUAUGGCCGAGGCGAUUCUUAUCGACCCAGGCCGCCCCAUAUAUACCCGCCCUUUCCUCACGUCGAAGCCCUUGACUGUUUCGCUCUCAA